AUGUCGAAGGAAAACUAUGAGAUCCGGGACCUUGAAAAACGGGCCGGUUCCCGCUCCGACGAUGACUACGCCGAGUCGCACUCGAACCCGGUCGUGGAAACCGCAGAAGCUGAGCAAACAAAACUGUCGUUUUUGGACACUUUGGCCUCCAAGUUGAGAGCCGAAACCAAGGGUAUCGAGCCGAUCACUGACGACGAAAAGGACGAUCCUUCCAUCUGGAACGCUGCUUCGAUGUGGUUUUCCGCCAAUAUGGUUAUUGCCGCGUUUGCUCUUGGUGUGCUUGGGCCUGUGAUUUUUGGAAUCAACUUUUGGGGGUCCGUACUUGCAGUGGUGCUGUUCUCGUUCAUGGGGAUCCUACCUGUGGCCAUCUAUUCCGUGUUCGGCGUUGAGCUGGGCUUACGUCAGAUGGUUCUGUCACGGUUUCUGCUGGGAAACGUUACUGCGCGUAUUUUCGCGUUAAUCAACGUGAUUGCCUGUGUUGGCUGGGGUGCGGUCAACACUAUCGCGUCAGCGCAACUACUGCAUAUGGUCAAUCCACACGGCGCGCAAUGUCCGCCCUGGGCCGGAUGUCUUAUUAUUGUGCUGUCAACGAUUUUGGUGACGUUUUUCGGGUACCGUGUUAUUCACGCGUACGAAAAAUGGUCGUGGAUCCCUAAUUUCGCGGUGUUCCUAGUCAUCAUCGCACGCCUCAAGAUCAACGGAUCUUUUACCGCUGGCGCCUGGGAAAGCGGCUCUACCACGGCCGGCGGCAUUUUGAGCAUGGGCGGUGUGGUGUUUGGGUUUGCGUCCGGAUGGACCACAUAUGCCGCUGAUUACACCGUGUACAUGCCCCGCAACAUCAAUCGUAUUAAAGUUUUCUGUGCGGUGAUGGCCGGACUUAUGUUCCCAUUGUGCUUCGCAAUCAUCUUAGGCGCCGCAGCCGGAUGCGCGUCGCUCAACGAUGAGACCUACGGCGAGUUCUACAAGAGCGACGGUGUGGGCGGCUUGGUGUAUGCUAUUUUGGUGCCUAACUCCGUCGGAGGUUUCGGACAGUUUUGUUGUGUACUACUGGCAAUGUCUACGGUGGCCAACAACAUCCCUAACAUGUACUCGAUCGCUUUGGGUACGCAAGCAAUGUGGGCACCUUUGGCCAAAGUACCUCGUGUGCUAUGGACAGUGGCUGGAAACUUUGUGACUCUGGCUAUUGCCAUCCCAGCUUACUACAAGUUCACUUCGUUUAUGAGUAACUUCAUGGACGCUAUUGCGUACUAUUUGUCGAUCUACAUUGGAAUCUCGCUUACGGAACACUUGGUGUUCCGCAAGGCCAAGUUUGCUAACUAUCACGUGGAGGACUGGAACAACUGGGCGGCAUUGCCGGUCGGAGUGGCCGGGUGCUGCGCACUUUUCGUCGGAGCCGUGGGUGUGGCUAUGGGAAUGGACCAGACCUACUGGGAUGGUGAAAUCGGCCGCAAGAUCGGAGAUUACGGCGGAGAUAUCGGGUUUGAGCUCGGAUUUGCAUUUUCCGUAGUAACAUAUUUGGCGAUCCGUCCAUUGGAAAAGCGGUGGUUAGGCCGUUGA